UCUCAGGAGGAUGUGGCUGAAGAACCUGCUUCUCCUAGGCAUUGUGGUCUGCAGCAUCUCUGCACCCACCCGCCCGCCCAGCCCUGUCACCCGGCCCUGGAGGCAUGUGAAUGCCAUCAAGGAGACCCAGAUCCUCCUGAACCAAAGUAAUGACACUGUUGCUGAGUUGAAUGAAACAGUAGAAGUCGUCUCUGAGAAUUUUGACCCCCAGGAGCCAACAUGCCUGCAGACCCGCCUGGAGCUGUACAAGCAGGGCCUGCAGGGGAGUCUAGCCAGGCUCAAGGGCCCCUUGACCAUGAUGGCCAGCCACUACAAGCAGUACUGUCCCCCAACCCCGGAAACUUCCUGUGCAACCCAGAUUAUCACCUUCAAAAGUUUCAAAGAGAACCUGAAGAAAUUUCUGUUUGACAUCCCCUUUGACUGCUGGGAGCCCAGCCAGGAGUGAGGCAGGCCAG